GAACUUUUCAAGAUUGAGCAUGCGCACUGUCAAAUUUUGCACGGUCCAAUUUUUCUGUCUCUAAAAAUUAUUCCAGUUGUGAUUACGACUGUUUUAUACCUGCUACAGAGUGUCAGGAAUGAGACGGGUAUCGUGGCAUGGCUGACAGCGGUGAGACUAACUGGAGAAACCAUCCUGACUUUGGGAAAGCGAAAAGAACGCCGGAGAAAGGCGGAGCGCGAGAGGGGGUGUGCACCCCUCCCCUCCCCCGCCGGUGCCGCCCGCUCGCACACCAGGUCGCCGGGCACCGGUAUGGGCAGGGCAAGACCAAGAAAGGCAUGUUACAGCAUGAGGACGGGACCCUACUGAAGCCCCUUCAGCCUCCGCCGCGCGGACAGAAGGAGCUUGGCUUCUACCAGAAGAUUUUUGAGGAGGAGACCAACGAUCAGGACCUUCUCACCCUGAGACAGUUCAUGCCAAAGUACCUGGGCAAGUUCGUUCCUGAGGAUGACCCGUCACAGGUUUUUAUCAAGCUGGAGGACAUCACCAGAAAGUUCCACCAGCCCUGCAUUCUGGAUGUCAAGGUGGGGAGACGCUGUUAUGACCUGGAGGCCACGCCCGACAAGAUCGAGCGAGAGAAGAAGAAAUAUCCGCCGAUCGACAUUGUGGGGUUCCAACUAAUGGGAAUGAGGAUCUAUAAGAGAAAAACAGGUGAAGUGGUGUACUAUGACAAGAAAUAUGGGAGAAGCCUCGAUGAAAACCAUGUUGGCAUGGGACUGACUAAAUACCUGACCAUGGACGGGACCUGUCCGCUGCAAGUCCGAGUGUUACAGGCCAUCCUGCGUCGCCUGGAGAGAAUCAAACGGUUCAUCAAGACCCAGUCUCAGAUUUGCCUCUUCUCCAGCUCCCUCCUCAUUGUUUAUGAAGGAGAAACAGAGAACUCCUUGGAGAACUCCUUGGAGGAAUCUACACCAAACUCCGGAGAGAACAGUACAGAGAACUCUACACAUGAAGUCCUAACCGACACAGGCCGUUCUUUGCACUCAGUGGCUGUAGCAAGUGAUGACAUAUCUUUUGAUGACAUGCAACACUUGUCAAAUUACGCAGCAUCACAUUCCAAGGGAAAUAAAAACGUUGAAGCUGUUUCAGAACCUAGAUUGCGGCAAUUCCCAUCCCAGAAUGCCAUUGGGUUGACACAGGAGGUCCCAGAGGCAAAAAGGGUCAACGGACCACAUACGCACGUGUCGGGUCAAGGGGCAAAGGGCAAAGCAGGGUCAACUGAACAGGCUGUUGCAGCCACACGCCACUCAGGUUCACAGAGAGACGCUGAUGCUGAUUGGUCACCACCAGUAGAGGAUGGGCUAUCCUGUCCAAUCAGAAACAGUGAGACAGACUGUAGAGUUCAGACUAAGAUUGAUGUGAGAAUGAUUGACUUUGCCCAUGUUUUUCCCUCUGACCAUAUUGACGAAAACUACCUGUAUGGUAUAAAGAACUUGAUAAGCUAUCUAGAAAGGAUAGGUUCAUGAUCAAGACAGAAAACAAUGGACUAUUUUACAAAGAAAAGUUACAUAAUGUUGCUUUCAUCCUAUUGCGAGGGGUACUGGGUGAUUAUUUUUAAUUCAAAAAGCCUAGGGUCACAUUUCCAAACCAGUGGCCAAGGACACAAGGUAUGAUGAUACAAAAGACAACAAAAACAAGAAGGCAUGAUUUGUAUAUAUUUCUUGGUAUACAUUUUUAUUUCUCCUGAAAGCCCGGCUAGGCCCUAGUUACAUCUGAGGUCUCAGUGCCACAGGUGACCGUCAGGUAGCCUGUGUUUACACAAGCUCUCGCCGGCUGGGCUUAAUGACCCCCUCCCCAAUCGUAGGGCCGGCCGUAGGGGCGCGAUUUUAUUCAGGCUACCCGUCAGGGAUAUAGCCCUGAUCCGGCCCUGAGGCCAUCUAUUUGUUGCUAGGUCCCGGCUUCAUUUUGAGUCCGACUUAAAUUCAACCUGGGGCUCAGCCUGGCUAAGAAAUGCCCCGGGAGCAACAAGUUGUCCCACAAAGCCAUGUAGGGGCCACGACCAAAAGUGCCAAAAAGGCAGACCAUGCACCGGCAGGACCCUUUUUCCAUUUGGGACUGUAGCAGGGGUUCUAGCCAGCAUCCGAACUUGCUGCUGGGGACAGACAUGAAUUUUGCCUUGCCGUCCUCUAUGAUGGACAAAAAAUCGGCACGUAAAGAUAUUAAAUACUGAUUAAUUACUGAUGCCAUGCAGAGUCUACAAGCAAAAUUUGUCCCUCAAUGCAGGAAAUACAUUUUUGAGGGUUCCAGGGGGAACACAUAGCCUGACUAAAAUCCUAGCGGCCAGCCCUACAAUUGCCGCCGCCCUAGGAGGGGGUUAUUAACACCAGCCAGCGAGAGCUAGUGUAAACACAGGCUUGGGGAACACACUCCCAGACCCAAUAGGAUCGUUGUCCCUUGACAGGAUUUCCAAACUCAAAAUCCAGGGGACGGGGAAAAAAAUUCAGGCUGGCUAGAAGGCUGGACUGUAGCCUUAGAAAUGUAAUCCUAGCACAAGACUGGACUGAUUGGUUAGCUGUAUUCACACCAUGGACGUACCAUAUUGAUAAGCGUGGUACGUUGGUAUCUCAAUCUCAAGAUUAUGUACUUGCCAUAUUCUCUUUUGCAAGUAUUGAAAAUGACGCAAACAAAAACACUAAAUGUGUGGCAUAUAUUAUUGGUUAUUCCACAGAGAAAUCCCUAAAGAUGUAUAAAGUCAAUGUUUGAAACCGUUUUGACCUCUUGUGUGAUACUCAUGCCAAAGUGUCUAUUUUAGCAAAAAGCCCUAUAUAGAAGGCCAGCUAUGUCAAAUAGAUAAUAAUGGUCUAUUUUCAAUGUUGUCCUAAAUAUUUGUAACAGUAAUAGUGGUAGUCUGGUAAGCUAUAUUUAUAUCAUGUGUGGUCCUCCCUAUAGUCUGGUAUCCAGACAUGAUAAUUAGGUUAAUCAAACCUAACCCAGAAAGACAUCGAGCUUAUGUUGUGGUCUUCUAGAUGCAUCUUGUACAGGACUAUUGUGAUGUAUCAUGUUCAGAACUACCUGUUGUCACAUAGGAAGAGAUAGAAGACCAGUGUCACUUACCUGGAUCUGUUAAAUCUUAGGUACACUGUAUGUUCUUCGGCACUCAGUGUAAGCGCAAACUCGUCUGUCCGGGGCUGUAACAGGCCCCUCCUCGGAGAUGUUUUGCAGGCUGCUAUAAGUGGGAUUUAAUCAGGCUAUGGCCUUCGGCAAACCAAGUACAUCCCAGUUUUUUUUUAAGUGGCGUAGUAAGUUAGAAUAGGCAUAGGUUUUCUCUUAGUCUGGUAUCCAGACAUCAUUAUUGGGUAAAUGAAACCUAGCCCCAAAAGACAAUUGGGUCAUGUUGUGGUCCUCUAGAUGCAUCUUAUACAAGACUAUUGUGAUGUAUCAUGUUUAGAACUACUUGUUGUCAUACAGGAAGAGAUAGAAGACCAGUUUCACUGUCCUAAAUCCAGUCAUUUUUAGGUACUUCGGCACUCUGUGUAACGCAAACUCCACUGGCCUGGACUGUAACAGGUCUACGGAGGUUGUGCGGGCUGCUAUAAGUGUGAUUUAAUCAGGCUAUGUCCUUCAGUAACAAGGUACAUCCCAGUUUUUUUAAGUGGUGUAGAUAGUAUAGGUAUUGUGCAUAGAAAUAUGGAAUUAUACAGUGUGAUUGUUUAAAGUAUGCAAUGGUGUCACUGUAUACUCUACUCUUGGAACAAGACUCGAAUUGUACCUCA